GGGGGAGGGAGGACUCCGGGAACACCCCUGCUGGGGGACAGAAGGUGCGCCGGACGGAAUAGAGCCAAGACGAGAGGGAGGAGCGAGUGCUGCACACAGCAACGCCGGCGUUAGACGGGGGGUCUGCUGAACCCCACCCCCGGACCCCGGAACCCCCGACCCACAGCGCCAGGGACAGGAGGAACAGGAACCCUGACCCACAGUGCCAGGGACAGGAGGAACAGGAACCCUGACCCACAGUGCCAGGGACAGGAGGAACAGGAGGAACAGGAGGAAGAGAACACUGAAAGGAGGACACGGCCCAGCAGUGGAAUACAAAGGGAAGCCGUCGCCCCAACACUGUGUGUGUGUGUGUGUGUGUGCGUGUGUGUGUGUGUGUGUGUGUUUAUUUUUGCAGUGACCCUGGAAAGAUGGGUGCCACAGAAGCCACUCUGAGGAUGGAGAACAUGGAGGUGAAAGAUGAGUGGCAGGAUGAAGACUUCCCCAGGCCUCUGCCAGAAGAGGGCGAUAUGGAGUCGUCCUGCAGCCUCAUGGGAGGUGGGGCCUCUCCGCCCACAUCCUUGAACGUUGAUGGAGGGGGAGGGGCUGGGGGCCCUGCCAAUCGGAAGAGGCGUACACUGGUUGCCCCGGAGAUGAACCUGUCUCUUGACCAGAGUGAUGGGUCCCUGGACACGCCCGAUGACCUGGACAUCAAUGUGGACGACAUGGAGACCCCUGAUGACACUGACUCACUGGAGUUCAUCACCAAUGGCAACGACCUGGAGUGGGAAGACGACACCCCCGUCGCUGCGGCGAGGGCUGCCCCUGGCGAGGGGGCGGGGCCAGCGGGAGAGGGCGGAGACGGCGUGGAGCGGCUCUGGCGGACGGUGAUCAUCGGCGAGCAGGAGAGCCGCAUCGACAUGCAGGUCAUCCGGCCGUACCUGCGCGUGAUCACGCACGGAGGUUACUAUGGAGACGAGCUGAACGCCAUCAUCGUGUUCUCAGCCUGUUACCUACCUGACAGCAGCUAUGCUGAGUACCAUUACAUCAUGGAGAACCUCUUCCUGUAUGUGAUCAGCAGUCUGGAGCUGCUGGUGGCUGAGGAUUACAUGAUCAUCUACAUGAACGGAGCCACGCCCCGAAGGAGGAUGCCUGGGAUUGGCUGGCUGAAGAAGUGCUACCAAAUGAUUGACAGGAGGCUGAGGAAGAACCUGAGGGCCAUGAUCAUUGCUCACCCCUCCUGGUUCAUCCGCACUGUGCUGGCCGUCUCCAGGCCCUUCAUCAGCGAAAAAUUUAUGAACAAAAUCCGCUACGCGCACAGCCUGGAGGAGCUGGCUGAAAUGGUCCCCAUGGAGCACGUGCAGAUCCCCGAUUGCGUCCUGCAGUAUGAUGAAGACAGAAUUAAGGCUCAGAAGGAAAGGAUGGAACAGGAACAGCAGCAGCCCGAGGCCCCCACAGAAGGGAACUGUGACUGAGGGGAGGACGGAUCUCCACCGGCGAGUUAGCACCCCAUGUAAGCCCCCGUCCAGCUCGGGGUACCCCGUCGCGUGAAGCUCAUUUUGGGCGGGGCACCUCGUUUCCCUGACAACGACUGUCCUGUGAGAUGCUUGGAGGAGGAGUUUCUCAUAUGCCCCCCCCCCCCACCCCCUGAAAUCUCUGCGCUUUUACAGGAGUAAGAGCAGCUCCCCCCCCCCGAAAUCUCUGCGCUUAUACUGGAGUAAGAGCAGGCCUGUGAGGACUGUGUUACUCCGCUGUGCUGUUUUCACAGACACUCCUGGUGCGUCUUCACACUGUCCCAUAAUGCACCACGCUCUGGUUGGCUACCACGGCAACAGCUAGCGGUCUUUUACUCUCGAUUUUUAAACGGCUGCUGAAGGUCCUGUCAGCUCAGCAGAGCAACUGGACUCCACCCAAACACCUCACCACCCCCACCCAAACACCUCACCACCCCCACCUUAAUGCCUAACUGAACCUGCCCCACCCAAACACCUCACCACCCCCACCUAAAUGCCUAACUGAACCUGCCCCCACCCAAACACCUCACCACCCCCACCUUAAUGCCUAACUGAACCUGCCCCCACCCAAACACCUCACCACCCCCACCUUAAUGCCUAACUGAACCUGCCCCCACCCAAACACCUCACCACCCCCACCUUAAUGCCUAACUGAACCUGCCCCCACCCAAACACCUCACCACCCCCACCUUAAUGCCUAACUGAACCUGCCCCCACCCAAACACCUCACCACCCCCACCUUAAUGCCUAACUGAACCUGCCCCCACCCAAACACCUCAUCACCCACACCUUAAUGCCUAACUGGACCUGCCCCCACCCAAACACCUCACCACCCACACCUUAAUGCCUAACUGAACUUGCCCCCACCCAAACACCUCACCACCCCCACCUUAAUGCCUAACUGAACCUGCCCCCACCCAAACACCUCACCACCCCCACCUUAAUGCCUAACUGAAUCUGCUCCCACCUAACACCUCACCACCCCUACCCUAACACCUCAUCACCCCCACCUUAAUGCCUAACUGAACCUGCCCCCACCCAAACACCUCACC